AUGCCAGGUGUUCAUGGGCCACAAUGUGGCUGCAGACACGAGACCGAACUGAAAGGUGCUCAAUUCCUCUUGCCGUAUAUCAACCUCGAGGGUGUUCGGGGACUUAACGAGCAGGUUCCGAAUUCGGCAAGAACAAUUUUCAAGUCAUACGAGGACCGACUGGAUGAGACGAAAUUCUGCCGCAGUGAAGAGGACGACCCUGAGCUGAUGAUCCACAUCCCUUUUAAAUCCCCUUGUAAGAUAGCCAGUCUUCAUCUCAUUGGUGGCGAUAAUGGUCGCUCCCCUGCCUCUGUCAAGAUUUAUGCGGACCAAGAAACUCUGGAUUUCAGCACAGUCCACGACACCCCAUGCGUUCAGGAAGUGGAGCUCGUUACCGACUUUCACGGCGCUGUCGAGUACCCUCUAAAGGUGACGAAACUCCAGAAUGUGACGUGUCUCACUCUCUUCUUCCCCCAAAAUAUGGGGGGCGACUGUCUGGAGCUCUUCUACAUCGGACUUCGAGGGGAAGGCUCCAACUACCAACGAAGAGCAGUCGUAACCGUGUACGAAGCGAACGCAAACCCGGCGGACCACGAGGUGGCUACGGAACACGGAAUCCAGGCUACAGCUAUGGAAGAAGGAAAUUGA